UUUAGAGAUACCACUUGAAUUGCUUCUCAUGAAUGAAACGUUAGUAGACUUAUACAAAAGAGCUUUAGCUGAAGGAUCAGAGAAGGUACACAAUAUACGUGUUAUGAUAGUUGGGCAUUUUGGAGUUGGAAAGACAACGCUUACAAAGCGACUGUUUGAAGAAGACGUUGUUUUAAACAAUCAGGAAAGUACAGAGGGAAUCGAGGUUCAUGUCAGAAAAUGCAAGGUUUCUUUAGAGGAUGGAAGUUGGCAUGUAUUAGACGAAGAUGACCGAAAAACUGAUAUAUAUAAGCGCCUAGCCAAACUAUUCAAAGCAAACUCUGCUGGACGGACAACUGAAACAGACAAUACUCGGGACGUAAGUCAAGAGCGUAGUUCGGCAUCGAAACAUGACACGGACACAUUUGAAGAUCGAAUGAAGAACACAUUGCAAGAUAGUCAAAACAUAGGGUUAUACCCAAAAGAGGAACAAACAUUCAGAGCUACGAAACCAGAAGCUUGUCCAACGAAUCUGAGUCAGUUUCAGACAUCGGACGACGUAUUCAAAGAUUUAAAAGUACUGUAUCCUUACAUUGUAUACUAGGCAUAAAUAUGGCUGAUCAUCUUUUCUAACUAGUUAUACAGUACUACCAGGACCCAUGCCCCCACCCUUUUCUCUCACAAUUCAGUUGGCUGAGAAGUUACCUAUACUUAUCAAAGUUGCACCAAACUAUUUUGGCAAAGAAAUAAUAUUUUCUCAAAUUAAGAUCAGGCUACCAUUCCAUACCUAUAUUUCAAAUGUUUAUAGGGGAGAGCCCUAUGACGCCCCUAAAAUGAGGGGUACCCUUCCAAUACCUCAAUAGGGGCUACUAUUCUAUACCUG